UAUAUCUCUUUUAUUUAUAAGAACACAAUAAUUACGCGUCAAGCGGUUCCUAAAUCUGUUUUUGUUUGACAAAGAAAUAUCUUUAGUAAAUGAUGCAUGCACGGCUCAAUUCCGAUGCAACUCCUCCUGUUGCCGAUACCCCUGUGAUUCCUCUAUAGGCCCCUCUUCAUUACAUCCUGUUCUACUCACCCUUUCUUCCUGUUACAGCAGGCAUGACCACUUGGUUGCGGACGCCGCACUUGCAGCUUGCUUCCCCACAGUUUGAGUAUAAAUUGAACCGGAGUCACGUCCGAUUAUAUGGUAUUUAUCAUCCGCAAACAUCUGUCAGAUUUCGCAAGUUCAAUAGCUUCAAGGUGAUAUGUCGCAAUUCGAACGAUCAGCAAAGCAGCAAUCAAACAGGUGGAAAUGGAAUACAGCUUUACCGAGAUAUCGAGAGGUUACUAACAGAGACUGUGAGGCAAUCACAAGACGGAUGGGGUAGCUUAGGAGAUUGGCAAGAAGUUGAUGGAGCCUGGGUAUUGAGACCAAAAAACUCAAAGCCGGUUGCUGUUGUGCAUUUUGUUGGUGGCAUCUUUGUUGGGGCAGCCCCUCAACUCACCUACCGCUUAUUUCUGGAGCGACUUUCAGAGAAGGGUGUAUUGGUGAUAGCAACACCUUAUGCUAGUGGCUUUGAUCACUUCCCUAUUGCAGACGAAGUUCAGUUCAAAUACGACAGGUGUCUUAGAUCUUUAGAUGAAACAGUGCAAGAUCUUCCAUCUUUUGGCAUUGGACAUUCUCUUGGAUCUGUCAUCCAUCUUUUGAUUGGUUCCAGGUUUGCUGUGCAGAGGUGUGGUAAUGUAUAUAUAGCUUUCAACAACAAGGAUGCCAGCCUGGCGGUCCCAUUAUUCUCGCCUGUUCUUGUACCAAUGGCUCAAAGCAUCGGACCAAUCCUGUCACAAAUUGCGUCAUCACCAACUAUUCGUUUUGGGGCGGAAAUGACUUUGAAAAAUCUAGAGAACCUUAGCCCUCCAAUUAUAAAACAAGUUAUACCUCUGGUUGAGCAACUUCCUCCUUUGUACAUGGAUUUGGUUAACGGAAGGGAGAAUUUUUCGCCAAAACCAGAAGAAACUCGAAGACUGAUAAAAUCAUACUAUGGAAUCUCAAGAAACCUUUUAGUUAAAUUCAAAGAUGACACGAUCGAUGAAACCCCUGUUCUAGCUCAGGUUCUUAGUUCAGAAUCUGCUGUUAGCUCAGUGUUGGAUAUGUCUAUUCGCUCUCUGCCCGGUGAUCAUGGACUUCCUCUACAACAGGCUUUUCCCGAUGUACCGCCAGGAAUGGUGGAUGCUGUAAACAGGAGUGGAGAGUUUUGGGUGAAUUUGACGGCAGGUACGCCAUUAGAAACAGUUGCCAAAGAAGUAAGCAGUUCACUAGGAGUUGACUCUACGGCUUUUCGUGCAAAUAAUUCAAAGGAGUUUGACUUACUUGUGGAUACAAUUGCUGAUUGGAUGAUUAACAAUGCUGGAUUUCACGGAAGGUUCAUGAAUGUGAAAAAUCCCGACAACGAGCUCUCGGAAUCUGAAAUCAUUUAAGUGGCCCUUGUGGACUACAAACACACCUACUACGAGAACUUUGAGCACGAUUCGACGUGACAAAUUAUUAGGAUGUA